AUGACCGGUAUCGAGGACAAAAGCUACGCUGCAUAUGGGGAUAAUCCCGAAAGGUGUCGCCGAUGUGCCCGUGCAAAAACCAUUUGUGCAGUUCCACGUCCAAAACCCAUGGGCCGUCCGCCUAAUGUGGCGUAUGAGGCACAGGACAACAUGUCAACACAGCCCACAGAGGUAAAAAGUCCAUUGGACUCUUUACUGUCACUGACUACGACAAACUGCCUGUCGGCUUCCUCACCGCAACCGAAUCUUUUGGAGUUUUUGAAUUUUCUUCACGAAUUGACGUUUGGAGUCUCGCUUACGCCGAACUAUGGCUCGACAAGCUUUGAUGUAGAGGGUCCUAGCACUGGGCUUUCCGUUGAUGUCGGGCCUUUGGCGAGAUCUGAAUUUUUGGAGAUGUACCAGUCAGCCAAACUCGAGUGCCACAGUCAAACUCUGGGUCAAUGGGCGACGCCACGGCAAAUAGCCCAGACGAGCAUAUCCAGUGUCUGA